AUGACACCAGAAAAUGAGUCUGUUUACGUGGGGGAUACGAUUUCUACCCUCAAGGCGAUGAAGCAACAAGAGCUGAGAUAUGUCUGCCAAGAUUACUGCAUCCUCCAUGCCAGUGACAAGAAUUCGAAAACCCUUCGGGAAGACCGCAAGCUCAUGGUCAAGUGGUGCUACAAUGUAUUGGAUUUCUUCAAUCUUCAUCGAGAGACUGGAGCCAUUGCCAUGGCCUAUGUGGAUCGUUAUCUUCAAACUCCAUUCGGUCCAGAGUACCUGCAGGACACGGACAAGUACCAACUUCUUUGUAUCACUUCCCUCUACUUGGCAAUCAAGGUUCACGAAUCACCGACAUUGACACCUGGCGCAUUUGUCGAGAUUGGACGAGGACAUUAUUCAGCUGAUCAAAUAGUAGCACUGGAAAGCAAGAUCCUGGAAGGCUUGCAGUGGCGAGUCAACCCACCGACAGCCCUCAGUUUUGUCCGGCAUUUGUUGGACCUUGUUCCCUCCAUGGCACAUGACGACGGUAUCAAAGCUACUGCCUAUAUGCUGGCCAGGGCGCAGACAGAACGAGCAAUUGGUGAGCAAGGGUUGAUGACUGUGGCUCCCUCCAAGAUCGCUUUUGUGGCCGUGCGAAAUGCGCUGGAAGCACUUGGCUACUGUGACUUUCCGCUGUAUGACGCUUGUCAGCACUUCUACUCCAAGCCCUUUCUGUAUCAGGAGGUGCAUGAUUUGCGGCCAAGAUCAAAUAAUG